AUCUUUGUUAUUAAGAGCAUUCGGUGUGGUUGAGGUGGUGGGGACCGUUUCAUCUGUUUUUUUCUUUUUCUUUUAUGUAAUUUUUUUCUUUUUUUAUGGUUUUCCUUUUUAUUUUGAUUCUUGACUCCAUUGUUCCGCCUUCCAUUUUUCUUCCCUCUCACACAGUCUUCCUUUAGAAAGCUUUAUUUAUUUGUUUCUCUCUAUCUAAAACCAAGUACCCAACAAGAGCUAUCUUCCAAUCUGAGUGUGAUUUGGUGUUCAAUUUAUUCCAACAAACAACCACCAUAAUGUCAUCAUGCAAAAACCCAUCUUUCUCUCCUCCUUUAAUGGUUUAGGUUUGCUUUUGCCUCUCUCUCUCUCUCUUCUUCAACACACUCUUGUGCUUGGUAGGUUGUGCCGUUGAGGUGAUGGGCCCUAUACUCCACUGAAGAUCAAUGGUGAGAGGGGUCUCUAUCUCCUUCUUCAGUGCUUUCUUUCCCCCAUUUCUUCACUGUCUAGCAUUUGGGUCUUAGGUUUAAUCCGAAGAUAGGAUUUCCCUUUUUUUAUCUUCUGAUUUCUCUCUUUUGAAACCAUGGCCGGUGAUUCUCUGAGGUUUUUGCAUAUGGGCUGUUUGUUUCGGAUAUGGGUUUCAGAGACAAAGUUAUGGUAAUGUUGGGUUUCUGUCGUAAUCGCUCUUUGUAUUCGGCGUAUGGUUCCUUUGCCUCUGGAGUAGACUCUGGUUUUUAGGUUGGUUUUGAGUUUAUUCCGGAGUUGUUUGAGGUGGGUUUUGGAAGAUGGUGAGAUUGUGAGCGAAGAUUGAGAGAGGGUCGUGAUUGUGGAGGCAGGCUGGUGAUGAAUUUGGCACUGGACACUCCUUGAAUGAAGAAAAUGGACAGAGUCAUUCAACCUCCUCUGGUUGAUACAACAGCUUGUUUGUGUAGAGUUGAUGCUGGCCUUAAAACUGUUGCUGGAGCAAAAAAAUUUGUCCCUGGGACAAAGCUAUGUCUUCAGCCAGACAUCAAACCUUCCAUUCAUCCAACCAGGCACAAGCCAUCACGUGGUGACCGGAGCCGGAGCCAAUCCCCUCUACUUCCAGGGCUACCUGAUGAUCUUGCUAUUGCUUGCUUAAUCCGUGUCCCAAGAAUUGAGCACCGUAAGCUCCGCCUAGUAUGCAAAAGAUGGUACCGCCUUUUGGUUGGUAACUUCUAUUACUCACUCCGAAAGAACCUUGGAAUUGCUGAAGAAUGGAUAUAUGUCAUAAAGAGAGACAGAGAAGGGAAAAUCUCAUGGCAUGCCUUUGACCCCAUAUACCAGCUUUGGCAGCCCCUCCCUCCUGUCCCUAAAGAAUAUUCGGAGGCCCUAGGGUUUGGUUGUGCUGUUCUCAGUGGCUGUCACCUCUACUUGUUUGGUGGCAAAGAUCCCCUUAAGGGAUCAAUGAGACGAGUCAUUUUUUAUAGUGCUCGGACUAACAAAUGGCACCGAGCCCCAGACAUGCUUAGGCGACGACAUUUCUUUGGUUCGUGUGUCAUAAACAAUUGCUUGUAUGUAGCAGGUGGCGAGAAUGAGGGGAUGCACCGAUCCUUGAGAUCAGCUGAAGUUUAUGAUCCCAACAGGAACAGGUGGUCCUUUAUUUCAGAUAUGAGCACAGCAAUGGUGCCGUUCAUUGGGGUCGUUUAUGAGGGCAAGUGGUUCUUGAAGGGGCUUGGGUCUCACCGGCAGGUUUUAAGUGAGGUUUAUCAACCAGAAACUGACAGCUGGUACCCGGUUUAUGAUGGAAUGGUUGCAGGGUGGAGAAAUCCGAGUGCUUCCUUAAAUGGGCAGCUUUAUGCCUUGGAUUGCAAGGAUGGCUGCAAACUUAGGGUUUAUGAUGAAGUGAGUGAUUCCUGGAGCAAACAUAUUGACAGUAAGAUGCACUUGGGGAAUUCCCAGGCUCUGGAGGCAGCUGCGCUGGUGCCGCUUCACGGAAAAUUGUGCAUCAUCAGGAACAAUAUGAGUAUUUCCUUGGUUAAUGUCUCUAAAUCUGAAGAUAUGACGGGGCCAACCGCUGAACAUUUAUGGGAAACCAUUGCAGGAAGAGGGCAAUUCAAGACACUGGUCACAAAUCUUUGGUCCAGCCUUGCUGGCAGGAACCGCCUUAAAAGUCACAUCGUUCACUGCCAGGUUCUUCAAGCCUAAACACUGUAAAACUAUAUUUGUAGCGGAAAGGAAAGGAAAGGAAAGGAAGAAUGGCUCUGAGGUUUCUCACUCCUCUCUCUUGAACUUUUGAUCUGAUUGACAGUGGCGUGCAUGUAAAGGCCAGAAAAUUCCCAGUUUGACAGCUGCAAUUGAUGCACAUGAGUCCAUUGUUGUAGGGUGUAUAAGUUGAAGUUAAACAAUCAUUAUAUCAUGUGCCACAGCAGGUGCUGGGUCAGUGAGAAUAUUUAUUUUGCUUGGGUGGUGUAGACGUUAGUGUUACAAAUAUUUAUAUGAUACACAGUCGUUACAUUA